CUUCAUUAUGCAAGCUUAUGUGAACUCGAUUGCUUCAUUAAAUACCAGAAAUAGUAAGUUAGGGAUUUAGAGUUCUUUAAAAUUACAUGCAGAGCUAACCCUGAAUAGACCCUGUGUAUAUGGAGAAGCGUAAAAGACUAUCGAAUACUCUAAAUAAGAUAUAUACCUCAAAACAGACAAAAUACGGGAUGCAAAAAUUAAAUCGAUCAACGGAUCGAAUGAAUAAAAAGGAUGAGAAUAGAUCACCUCCUAAAGUCAGAAAGGAGGACAUUGUUACUCAAGCGCCUGCCAUAAUGGAACCUCAAAGAGAUGAGGUUAUCCAAAGAGUUGCAGAAUACCUCAAGACUCCUAUUGACGAUUCCUAUUAUCCAACAGAAAUUUGAAUCUACAAUCCUUUCAUCUAUAAUGAUUGGAUCUCUAGUAAUCCUAUGAAGCUACGAAGUGGGAAGAACUUUGAAGCAAAUCUCCAGUGAUACACAGAUCUUAGAGAAAAUCUAGCGACGCCGAAGAUGUUACUUCCUAGCUUUGAAAGUAAAAAGACGCUGGUUCUUGAUCUGGAUGAGACUCUUGUCCACUCCUCCUUCGCCUCAACACCAGAAGCUCAGAUUAUAGUUCCUAUUGAGAUAAAUGGGAAUAUUCUUGACAUAUAUGUCCAAAUCAGACCAGGUGCUAAAUAUUUUAUUGAAGAGGUGUCAAAGAUUUAUGAAGUUAUCAUAUAUACAGCUUCAAUAUCCAGAUAUGCCCAACCUCUUAUUCGGCAAUUAGACCCAAAAGAACUUUGAAAAUACCAUCUGUACAGAGAACAUUGAACAAUCUGUGGAAGUUCCUUUGUCAAAGACCUGGCUUUCCUUGGUCGGGAUUUAAAAGACGUUAUAAUAAUUGACAAUUCGCCUAAUGCUUAUGCGUUUCAGCAGGAAAAUGCUAUCCCAAUAUCAUCUUGGUAUAAUGACCUCUGUGACACAUCUCUGUAUCAGAUAUUGCCUAUUCUGCUGAAGUUGUCCAAAGUAGAGGAUGUGAGGGAGUACCUCCCUCGUAUAGUUCAGAACGAUAAGUUAAGCAUGUUGAGUGCUUACAAGGUGCUUGGGAUCGAUUUUGGAAUCAAACAUGAAUAUGAAGAACUUCUUAAUACUGUGCUCAACGAUUCAAAAAUAGAGUCUGUUGAGAAUGCACAAAAUGUUUCGAACACUCCAAAUCUUACAGCCACUCUCAAAUCGCUAGCUCAUAAUGGGGAUGACUCCUGAGAGGAGCAAGGGAAUGGAAGAGUCAGUGACUCCAAUCGAAUUGGUAAAGAGGUCGUCUUAACAAACGUUAAAGGAAGUCAUCCAAAGAAAUUAAUGAUAAAUACAUGGGCUAGCACAGGCAAUUGAUUUAAGAUAAUUGCUGAUGAUAGUAUUAAUGCUUCUAAAGUUACAAGAAAAUAAGCUGGACAAGCUUUCAAGUCCCACUCUGACUCAUAGGAGGGUCAGAAAGAAACUAAAUCGCUCUCAAGAUUAUAGCCAAAGAAGUCUGGGAAAUCGUAAAUAUAGUAAGAAGAGAAAAAGUUCAUGCAAAAUUAAGCUUAGGAAUCCGAAAGCAAGGGUCUCUUUAGCUUCUUCCAGAGAAGUAAAUAGACAUAAUCAACUUAACGCCUCUCAUUACUUGCCAAAGAACCAUAGCAUAAGUAUUUUCUCAUCGAAAUAAGACACAAAAACUCAUUAGAAUCCCAACAUUUGAUUCAAAAUAAGCCCAGAAACUUAUCAAAAACAAGCUCUAAAAACAAGCGAAUCUCACACCCUACUCAUAAACCCAUGCUCUCUACUCUUAAAACACCUCUCAAGGGUCUUAUCUCAUCUCCAAACUGCCGUUUAGCCCCUUCCAACCCUACGACUCAUCCUCAACCUUCCCUCCAAAACCCCCAAAUCCCUCAAAUAUCAGUUUCCUUCACUCCAUGUGACUCCAAACCCUCCAAAAAGCUCCAAAAGCGACGUAAAAAGAAGAACUUGCCUCAUCAGACUAUCAGCAUGAGCAAUCCCUUUAAAAUCACUUUAUAG